AUGUCUGGAGUAUACGACGCACCAGUUCCUGAUCACCGAAGGAAAUGGGACAAGGAUGUCUAUGAGAAGUUAGCACAGGAGCGACUCAAAGAGCUUGAAGAGGACAGCAGUGAAAGUGAAGAUGAACACAAAAUUCCUGUCAAACGAGAGCUGCUUAAACCUCGUGAUUAUAAGGUUGAUCUUGAUUCAAAACUUGGAAAGUCCCAGGUUAUCACUAAAACCACUCCAGCUGCUCAUCAAGGAGGCUACUAUUGCAAUGUAUGUGACUGUGUUGUGAAAGACUUCAUUAACUUCCUUGACCACAUCAAUGGCAAAAAACAUCAGAGGAAUCUGGGUAUGUCCAUGAAGAUUGAGAGAUCUUCAUUGGACCAAGUGAAAGCAAGAUUUGAGUUGAAUAAGAAGAAAAGGGAAGAAAAGAAAAAAGAUUACGAUUUUGAGGAGAAAAGGAAAGACAGAAAACGGAAAGCAGACAGCUCUACCUACGAUGGAGAUCCUGAUAUGUCUGUCAUCAUGGGAUUUUCAGGAUUUGGAGGGUCGUCAAAAAAUAAUUAA